UCCUGCAAACAGAUGCUGCAAACUGAGACUGACUCAAACGUAUACAGUUGUAUACGCGACGCGCAGGGCCCCGGCUCCAGGGCUUCCCUUGUGCUCCCAUGCGGAGAGGACCCCCAGGGGAGCUGACGCCAGCUGAGACUGAAAAACAAGGGUCUAAGAACUAAGUUGCGCUAUGAUGGAGGAGAAGCUGGAGACGGAUGGCCCCAGAUCCUCCAUGCCGGCUGAGCUUCAUCAUCCCCAGCUUAAGUACUCUCAGUGGAAGUUUAAGCUGUUUAGGGUGAAGUCCAUGGAGAAGGCCCCUAUGCCCAGUGAGAUACAGCCGGAGAAAGAAGUCUUGUCAGAGAUCUCACCUCUUGCAGCUCCAAAUAUAGAGUUAGAUAAUGGUGUAGGUCCAGGGAGUGUUAUGAAAUUGUGCCUUGGGGGAAAAAGCCAGGAAAAUGUGGAGGGCCCAGGUCGGAGGGUAGAUAAGAAGCUGGAGGAAAUGGAAACCCACAUGAACCACCUCAGGUGUCUCUGUCGUCUCUGUGGAACGGCCUUGAGGAAAGUUAAAGGACCAGCGCAUGAAGUUCAGGAUGAUCUGGAGGAGGCGAGUAAAGGUGUCCUGCGGCAAAUGGGCUGCAAGUUCACAAGCUGGCCAGAGGUCAUCCUCAAAGUCUUCAAAGUGGACGUGACAGAGGACACGGAGUCCGUCCACCCUCUCUCCUUCUGCCAUCGCUGCUGGACGGCUGCCAUACGAGGAGGGGGCUUCUGCUGCUUCUCCAGAACAAGAGUCCCCGAGUGGAAACCCCACUCCUCCUCCUGCCACCUUUGCUCACCCAAGAAAUGCUCAUUCCAGCGGACUGGGAGGAAGAGGAGGAAGACUACUCCCAGAGUCCAGAGCCUCGCAAAGAGGAGCAGGUGGGAGCACGUCGACAACAUCGCUGUCGGAGAGCGGAAGGUUCUGAAACCAUUCGGAGACCGUCAUCCCCGCCCCGUGCUGAGGGGCUGGAGGAAACCCAGCAUCCAGAGAGAGCAGUGGGUGGAGAAUAUCUCCCACUGCCAGAAACACCAACUGAGUACCAAGCUGAUCUCUGAGAAGCUCCCUGUGGACUUCCUGUAUUCUUUCACCUGCAUGGUGUGUGACCACCUGCUCUUUGAUCCGGUUCAGUCCCCCUGUGGACACCUCUUCUGCCGCAGCUGUAUUGCAAAAUACAACCACGCUCUGGGACCUCAGUGCCCGGCCUGCAACUUGCCCUGUGCCCCUGAUGAGCUCACCCCGCCCGCCAAAGCCUUUUUAUCAGCUCUGCAUUCUCUGCCUCUGCUCUGCCCCAGAGGUGGCUGUGGUGAGCGCGUUAAGCUCGACUCGUUUAACGCUCACUCUCUGGACCAUGAGCUCAAUGAGAACAAUGCAAACAAGCAGUCACCAGAACUUGAUAAGUUCCUGAUUGCCAAUAAAGGGGGACGGCCCCGUCAGCACCUGCUGUCGCUAACCCGGCGCGCCCAGAAGCAUCGGCUGAAGGACCUGAAGAACCAGGUGAGGUUGUUCACAGACAGAGAGGAAGGUGGCGACCUGAAGUCUGUGUGUCAGACCCUGUUCCUGCUCACGCUGAGAUCCAUAAACGAGCACCGGCAGGCAGAUGAGCUGGAGGCCAUGAUGCAAGGCAGAGGUUUUGGGUUGCAUCCUGCUGUGUGCUUGGCCAUUCGGGUCAACACUUUCCUGAGCUGCAGCCAGUAUCACAAGAUGUACCGGACUGUCAAAGCGACCAGUGGCCGCCAGAUAUUUCAGCCGCUGCACACCCUCCGUGCUGCAGAGAAGGAGCUUCUCCCUGGCUUUCACGAGUUUGAAUGGCAGCCGGCUCUUUCAAAUGUGUCCACCUCUUGCAAUGUUGGCAUUAUUAACGGGACCUCUGGAUGGACUUCCUCGGUGGACGACUCCCCGGCUGAGACUGUCACUCGGCGGUUUCGCUAUGAUGUGUCACUGGUGUCAGCAUUAAAGGACCUGGAGGAGGACAUCAUGGAGGGGCUGAGUGAGGCUGGGAUGGAAGACAGCGCUUGCACCUCAGGUUUUAGUGUCAUGAUCAAGGAAUGCUGUGACGGCAUGGGCGAUGUCAGCGAGAAGCACGGCGGAGGACCGCCCGUUCCCGAGAAGGUUGUACGUUUCUCCUUCACCGUUAUGUCUGUCUCUGUCCUGGCUGACGGUGAAGAGGGGGAGGUCACCAUCUUCACCGAGCCAAAGCCAAACUCAGAACUGUCCUGUAAGCCCCUUUGCCUGAUGUUCGUGGAUGAGUCCGACCACGAGACACUCACAGCUGUCCUGAGGCCUAUCGUUGCCGAGCGUAAUGCAAUGAAAGAGAGCAGGCUCAUCCUAUCCAUCGGUGGCCUGCCUCGCUUUUUCCGCUUCCACUUCCGAGGCACGGGAUACGAUGAGAAGAUGGUGCGAGAGAUGGAGGGCCUAGAGGCCUCGGGCUCCACAUACAUCUGCACUUUGUGUGACUCAAGUCGAGCUGAGGCUUCUAAAAACAUGGUGCUGCAUUCCAUCACCCGCUGUCAUGAGGAGAACCUUGACCGUUAUGAAAUAUGGAGAACGAACCCUUUCUCUGAGUCUGCAGACGAGCUGCGAGACAGAGUCAAAGGCGUCUCGGCCAAGCCCUUCUUGGAGACCCAGCCCACAAUGGAUGCGUUACACUGUGACAUUGGCAAUGCCACUGAGUUUUACAAAAUCUUCCAGGACGAGAUCGGGGAGGUGUACGCGAAGGUCAAGCCCAGCCGGGAGGAGCGGCGCAGCUGGAGGGCAGCCCUGGAUAAACAGCUGAGGAAGAAGGUGAAGCUCAAACCAGUAAUGAGGAUGAAUGGGAACUACGCCCGCAAGCUAAUGACCAUGGAGGCUGUGGAGGUGGUGUGUGAGCUGGUGCCCUCAGAGGAGAGGCGGGAGCCCCUGAGGGAGCUGAUGAGGCUCUACCUCCAGAUGAAGCCUGUGUGGCGAGCCACCUGUCCAGCCAAGGAAUGCCCCGACCAGCUGUGCCGCUACAGCUUCAACUCCCAGCGCUUUGCCGACCUCCUCUCCUCUACCUUCAAAUACAGGUACAACGGCAAGAUAACCAACUACCUCCACAAGACCCUGGCCCACGUGCCUGAGAUCAUAGAGAGAGACGGAUCCAUCGGAGCAUGGGCCAGCGAGGGGAACGAGUCGGGGAACAAACUGUUCAGGCGUUUCCGGAAGAUGAACGCACGUCAGUCGAAGACCUUUGAACUGGAGGACGUGCUGAAACAUCACUGGCUCUACACCUCCAAGUACUUGCAGAAGUUCAUGGAGGCACACAAAGGCUCAGCCAAAGCUCUGCAGGGUAGCAUCAACCCUUUAGAGACACUGGAUGAUGAGAAUGUGAGAGUGAAUGAUUUUUGAAUUUUCUUUUAAUGUGAACCUAUUGACAUUUGUUUUUGAUUUUGCAAUAGUUAUGUAGUCCGUGAAUUACCUCUGUCAGUAAACUACGCUUGUUGAUUGAUGUUUACACUUUGAGUAGAAGUUGGACUUAAAGCCACAAGUUUCUGACAUUUUCAGAUUUUUUUGUGAUAAAAUUGUGGAGAAUCAUUUAUUUCUGGAUUUGACAAGAAAAGACCUUUUCAUUAAAUAUCAAAUUUCUUGCUUUAGAAAAGAGUCAUUUCAAGAACUUGGGAAGUAAUGAUACUCUCACAUCACAUUUUGAAUACGUGUUUAUUUGUAUUUGAGCUGCAUUUAUGAACGGUUCUAUUCACAUCUGUUUUGCCUUUGGUUUGUUAGCAAAGAUGGUACAGCAGAAGAAUAUAGAAAUAACGCACAGGUUUCUCUUUGCUCGCUCCGAGCGGGGGAGGUUCUUGUCUUUAUCUCCACCAUCUGUGAAAUAUGGUCCAGUUUAUUGUAUUUCAAGGGUAUGAUACAUUAUGAAUUUAUAUAGUAGUGAUAUUUAUGGAAACAGAUGAAAGCGCUGUAAGUCAUGGAGGGAAAUCGUGUUAAAAAGACCACAUUUGUGGCCACUGUAUUAAUAUAUCAUUUGAGCUGGAGCAAAAUGCAAUCACUGAGACCCAAAUGUUCUUUGUUUCGUGAGUGCCCUCUGAAAAAGAUUACUUUAGCGCUUUAUCGUGGGAUCCCGUAGGGGAGGAAGAGACGCCAGGUCACUUUGAAACCAAUUUUUAUCUCCUUUAGUUUUUUCACAGUGGAGAAUAGAUGAUUCUUAUACGUAUUCUGCCCAUAAAAUAAAGCAUAUACUGACCUUUUUGUUGAUACCAUAAAAAUACAGUAUGGUCCAUUACAGAGCCUAAUACCCCAUGGACUCUGCAACGGGCAGGGAUUUUUCUUAAGUUUGGUUUAUAACCUGGCUCUGUCUUUUCCUGCUGAUAUUUCUUCAUUGCCACGGUUGACAGAGGAGAGGGAUGUGCCGCAGCCACACAGACCAGAUUUAAACGGAUUUGUUGGCAACUUUAUUUGUUUGAUUGAUUGAUUAUAUUGUCUUCUUCUGCCCUCACCAUUUGGAAUCGUGACAGGCAAUUUUGUUUUCUUACUUGAUUGAAUGUUUGAUUUUGUUUCACUGUCCUGGCCCCAACCGUGUGACAGCUGUGAAAUAUUCACAUUUCAUUGGAUCGUUGUCAGACUUGUGCAGUGGCGUCGUGUUUUGAGUGGAUGAUAUUGCAACUUGUCUCUUAUUUGUUUUUUUUCGCCGUAAUGAAUUGCAUUUCUAAAGUAGCGGAUGAUGGAUGAUUCAUAAAAUUCUGCGUGUUCAUUUUUUUUGCCAUGUACUUCCUCAUUUUUCCAUUCUACACUAAAUAUCAGUUACUGUUUAUCUUCACUGCAGGAUUAUUUUGCAUAUGGUGCAGUCUCACACUGAAAAUCCACUACUUUUUCACAUGUUAUUUGGUUUAACAUGUUUUAUAGUAUUCACAUAAUUCUGCUGCAUUUUCACUGAAACACACAAUUUACCAUUGUUUUGAUGAAUUACCAUUGUGGAGGAGGGAGCUUGAUUUUAUUGUUUUUUACUUUUGUCUUUUCCUCAAGAAUGAAAUAAAUAAAGACAGAAUCUGAAUAAA